CCGAGUUGUAGCUGGGGGUCGACUGGAUCUGGGGGGUGAUUGCUGCUUUUCAGCAGAAUUUUCUAUUUUAUUUUUUAUUUUCUUAUUGUUUCAUAUUUUCUCGAAUUCACUACUUCCACCGUAACUUCUCUACCAGGAUUUUAUUAGAUCAUGAACAAACUAUAUGUCGGGAAUUUGAGUCCUUCGGUCACCGUCGAGGACUUGAAGCAGCUCUUUGGUGAGAGGAAGCUUCCAGUGGCCGAUCAGGUCCUGCUCAAAUCCGGCUAUGCCUUUGUGGACUUCCCCGAUCAAAAUUGGGCCAUUAAAGCAAUUGAAACUCUAUCUGGAAAAGUUGAAUUACAUGGGAAGGUGAUUGAGGUAGACUACUCUGUUCCCAAAAAACUAAGGAGUCGGAAGAUUCAGAUCCGGAACAUCCCCCCUCAUCUUCAGUGGGAGGUUUUGGACAGCCUUUUAGCACAGUAUGGUACAGUGGAGAACGUGGAACAAGUCAACACUGACACAGAAACAGCUGUGGUGAAUGUCACAUACGCAACAAAGGAAGAAGCGAAAGUAGCGAUCGAGAAGCUGACCGGACACCAGUUCGAGGACUACUCCUUCCACGUGUCCUACAUCAUGGACGCGGACGCCGUCCCGCCGGCCCAGCAGCAGCAGCAGUCUCCGUGCCUGCGUCGGGGCGGGCGCUCGUCGCGCGAGCAGGACGCGUCGUCCUCGCAGCCCGGGCCGUCGGGCGGGCUGGCCUCGCAGCGCCACAAGGCCCAGCACGACUUCCCCCUGCGCCUGCUCGUGCCCACGCAGUUCGUCGGCGCCAUCAUCGGCAAGGAGGGCCUCACCAUCAAGAACGUCACCAAACAGACACAGUCCAAGGUGGACAUCCACCGGAAGGAGAACGCCGGAGCGGCGGAGAAGCCCAUCACCAUCCACUCCGCCCCCGAGGGCUGCUCAGCAGCCUGCCGCAUGAUCCUGGACAUCAUGCAGAAGGAGGCCAACGACACCAAGGUAACGGAGGAGAUCCCUUUGAAGAUCCUGGCUCACAACAGCCUGGUGGGCAGGCUAAUUGGGAAGGAGGGCCGGAACCUGAAGAAGAUCGAGGAGGAAACGGGGACCAAGAUUACCAUCUCCUCAUUACAAGACUUAACCAUUUACAACCCUGAGCGGACCAUCACAGUAAAAGGCAGCCUGGAGGCCUGCUGUAAGGCAGAGGUGGAGAUCAUGCGAAAGCUGAGGGAAGCCUACGAGAACGACAUUGCUGCUAUAAACCAACAAACCAACUUGAUCCCGGGGCUGAACCUCAACGCCCUGGGCAUCUUUUCCACGGGCCUUCCCAUGCUGCCUCAUGCUGCCGGGCCUCGAGGGGUCCCCCCUGUGCCUCCUGCGGGAUACAGCCCUUUCCUGAGUCCCUCGUCACAUCUAAGUGGCUUAUAUGGAGUUCCUCCAGCCAGUGCCAUCACCCACCAGCACACGUCAGCUCCAGAACAGGAGGUGGUCUACCUCUUUAUUCCAACUCAGGCUGUUGGGGCAAUUAUCGGCAAAAAGGGCCAGCACAUUAAGCAACUCGCACGGUUCGCCGGAGCGUCCAUUAAGAUUGCGCCGGCAGAGAGCCCUGAUGUCACCCAGAGGAUGGUGAUUAUCACAGGGCCCCCGGAAGCCCAGUUUAAGGCUCAGGGCAGGAUAUUUGGGAAGCUGAAGGAGGAGAACUUCUUCACGGCGAAAGAGGAGGUCAAGCUGGAGACGCAUAUCAAAGUGCCCUCCUCUGCCGCUGGCAGGGUCAUUGGCAAAGGUGGCAAAACGGUGAAUGAAUUGCAGAACCUCACCAGCGCAGAGGUCAUUGUGCCUCGGGACCAAACACCUGACGAAAAUGACGAGGUCUUUGUCAAAAUCAGUGGUCAUUUCUUCGCUAGCCAGACUGCACAGCGGAAGAUCAGGGAGAUCAUCCAGCAGGUGAAGCAGCAAGAACACAAGCACCAGCAGGGGGGUCCUGUGCCACGCCAUGCCAAGUGACCGGCAGGGCCGCCCCAGCGGGCACCAGCCAAUGAAUGUAGCCCUCCCAACUGGAGCGAGAGAACGAGCAAGAGGGAGAACGAGAGAGCGAGAGAGGGAAGAGUGGAGGAGAGCGAGGCGGAGGAGAGUCAGAGGGGAACGAAUGGGACAGACGAGAGGAAGACCAGCGGCAUCGGGAACAAAAGAAUAACCAAAGAACUUCACAUGGGGGAAAAGGUGUGAGCCAAAGGCUAACGGGGCUAAGUGGGCUGCCAGCCUAAGAGGGCUGUGGAUAUAUGCGGAGAGACCUGACUGUUCAAAAACUACCACACACUCACGCACACACACUCACUCUCACACGCACACACAUACACACAUACAUACAGACACACUCUGUUCACACAUGUGCUAAAACAUUGACAAAAAAUAUGACAAAAAUGACAAAAAAAAAGUGUAUGGAAAGAAUUGGGUAUCUGUUGUGUUCACAAGUUUAAAAGCAGGAAGCAUCAUCCUCCUGUGUUAGGUUAUCUCAUUUAGUUGGACUAACAUAGGCCUAACAACCAGACUGACAAGAAAAGCUCCGUUCACACUCACAGUAUGUACAUUCAUGCAUAGUGUUUGAGGGUUUUGGUGUAGACUUAGGUACAGGUGUGGAAUAGUGACUGAGAUAUUUGUUUUUUUUAUUUCACCAUCGGUUUUGAUGCUAAGAUUGCAAGUGUCGGUUUCCUUAGCAGUAUUAACAAAUGUUAGAACAAAUAUACUGUUAUAUACUGAAAAGAUGUACUGUUAAUCUUGUUUAUACAUGGAGUAUAUAAGCACUUAUAUACAGACUGAUGUGUAUAUUUGUGUAUACAUAUAAUAGUUGUAUGUAUAUAACAGUAUAUUUUUUCAUAGAUGAUAAAGAUCUUUUAAAAAGAAACUUGGGAGGGACGGGAGCUCUGGGGCAUAUUUAGGGGGAAGAGUUUGAUUCAUAUCUAUUAUUUGUUUGCAAGUGAGAUCAUAUUUAAAGUGAAACAAAGAUACGCAAAAGCAUUGACAACCUUAGAAGAGAGAAAGACAACUUACAGUAGUGGAUCAUUCAGAUUCAUGUUAUUCAGCCUGUGCGUGCCAACAGGAGGAUCUGAUGUCCCUGUGAACCUGCUCUUAGUUCACACAUCCAACGCUGGUUAGUUGCGUUUUGUUGUUGCUAACGUUUCAGUCUGUUUGCUUAACUUUCUUUUUUUUCACUCUUGGGUGCCGUCAUCAGCAUCAGCUGAUGUCUGUGUUGUUGUUUUUUGUUGUUGUUGUUGUUGUUGUUUUUGCUUUCUUUUGUUGCGUCACAGUGAAGUUCCACAUUGCCUGUGAUAUUACCUUGCAGCCUUUUUUGACUUUGGCUUCUACACGGCUGAUUUGACUGCCUCUUCUCUGUUAAGAAGAUGAAGACGUGAGAGAAAUCAUUACGGAGAGCGUGAGACUGUAGGCCUAUAUAUCAAUAUACACAUAUACACAUCAUACGAGGAGAGUGACCGCUCAUUUAGAUAUUUUUGCGGGACUGUUUGUGUCGUAUAGGAUGGUCUGUUGAAGCCUCCUCAAAUGGGAGACAGAAUCUCAAACCAAGCGUGGAGUUCGUCUGUCCCCGUGCGUUUUGUCAUACCCUGAGCAGCAGUAAGAAAUGGCGUGCAGACGCGUGUGACA